AUGAGUCGCGGGAAUACAACAAACGGUCAAAUAUUGUUCGGGCGAAGGAUGGCGGGGCCCGACCCUGUCGGCGGUGGAGGGACGACGAAGACUACGGUGGCCGAGCAAAUCUCGCAGGCGCUGCAGUCUACCGCCAACCUCCUCCACCUUAUGCAGCAGUCUUCUCCUACCCAGGCUCAAUUGGUUAAGCUUCCUAAGAACCUUUUGGCGAAGGUUCCCACCAUUAAGAAUACAGAGCAGGUUUUGGAGCAGUUGCCUAGGGUGAUAUCAUCUCUAGAUGCACAUAUGGAAAUUGGGUUACAAAAUGUUCCGCAUCUGAAGACUGUGGUUCAGGUACUUGCAAAUAUGGAAUGUAGCCAACUUAGUUUGCAAUCUCCAUCCCAUCCUAUCCAGAAGAUUGUAUGUUCCGAUGGGAGAAAGCUAGGAACAAGAAGGCUUCACGAUAAAGUCUUUCUUGUUUGUCUAUUUCUAAGGAACUUGAACUGGGAAUCCAAUCUCAACAGACCGGUUAAACAAACAUCUUGA